AUGUCAACUGGCGCAAUUCCCAAGCGCCCCAGGAGAAGGAAGAUCAAGGCGAAGUUGUCCUUCGGAUCGUCGAGCGGCGGUACCAGUGGCUUGCCCUGCCACCUAAAGGCAAACCUCACAGAGCUCAUCGCUCUUCUCGAGACACCGCAGAAGGGGCAAGGAGACGAACUUCGGCCCGGCCUGAUGCGCGACGCGAUAGAAGAGGCUGGGACAUCUCCCGCCGCAACUAUCAGUGACAGCUACGAAACUCAGCGUAGCAGCAAGCCUGCGGACGGCCACAGCAAAGCGAGCUCGUCCGCAGUUGUCGACCAUCAACGCAGCUAUGCAGGAGAUGAUGAAGCCGUCCGAAUGGCGAAACCAGAACCCAGGGCUCUCACCGAAUUGGAUGAGUCGGACAUCGUGCGGCAGCUGCGAGAAGUGCUACAGAAGAAAGGCCCGUCCCAGGAGGACGACCUGCUAGGAGCGGUGAGCCCUUCACAGGCUGAGCUAGUGCUUGAAGUGUAUGGAACCAUGACGGCCUUCCUGGACAAGCGUCCGGGAUUUAACGUAGUCCACGAAGACUUGUACUCAUUUGUGUAUUACGAAGACCCGGACGGCGAACUUCAAAGUGGAUCCUCCUCCCAUACCAAAAAGGAAAAUACAAGCGGAUCGAGUGGUUCCAACAGCGGCGGCCGCCAGAACGCGGUAGAUUGGGAGGGUGUACCUGAUCGUGCGUGUUCCACCUCGUCGAGCAAGCCUGCUCAUGAUUCCGCCUUCCUGGGAGAACGCCACGAAGUACAAGGCGAAGAAGAAAAGCAGGUACUGAAAAACGCCGGGAACCAGGUACUCUCGUCGUCUCAGUCGGGAGCUGUACAGACGGUGCGAAAAGCAUCCGACGCCGAGUCCCAGACACAGAGGUGUGACGUUUCCCGGAUCGUCGAGUCGAUGCCAACUCCGAAAAACCAGGGCGCGGACGUCGCUCCGCCAAAAGGGAAGAUGAAAACACUUGGGCAGAGCCCCGAGAAACCGCAGCCGCCGCGUGCGAAUAGCGCCAUGCUGCAUCAUGCGUCCCCACCAGAAUUGCCGAGGCGAUCAGCCGAACUAAAGAACAGCACUAUCGUGAAGGAAAUGAAGCACAACUACACAAACGGCGCGAUUACCAAGGUGAAGCUACAGCCGCCGCCAACACGACCGCGGCCACCGCCACGCCAGAGAAAUCUACCACCUCGUCUUAGACCGGAGAACAAGCUCCGACCAAUUCCAGCAGACAGACUCCCCCGGCCACCCGCGCAAGUCGACAAACAGAUCUCGAUCUCGGCGAAACCAUCACCCGUGGCGAAGAUCAAUGAACUCUGCGGAAGUAAGAAGCAAACUGUUACGCCAUUCUCGAACAGCGAGUCCGUGCUGCCUGCCAAGAAAGAAACGCCGAAGGCAAAAUCAUCACCCGUGACGAAGCUCGAUGGACUGUCCGGAAGUAAGAAGCAAACUGUUACGCCAUUCUCGAACAGCGAGUCCGUGCUGCCCGCCAAGAAAAAAACGCCGAAGGCAAAAUCAUCACCCGUGACGAAGCUCGAUGAACUGUCCGGAAGUAAGAAGCAAACUGUUGCGCCAUUCUCGAACAGCGAGUCCGUGCUGCCCGCCAAGAAAGAAACGCCGAAGGCAAAAUCAUCACCCGUGACGAAGCUCGAUGAACUGUCCGGAAGUAAGAAGCAAACUGUUGCGCCAUUCUCGAACAGCGAGUCCGUGCUGCCCGCCAAGAAAAAAACGCCGAAGGCAAAAUCAUCACCCAUGACGAAGCUCGAUGAACUGUCCGGAAGUAAGAAGCAAACUGUUGCGCCAUUCUCGAACAGCGAGUCCGUGCUGCCCGCCAAGAAAGAAACGCCGAAGGCAAAAUCAUCACCCGUGACGAAGCUCGAUGAACUGUCUGGAAGUAAGAAGCAAACUGUUACGCCAUUCUCGAACAGCGAGUCCGUGCUGCCCGCCAAGAAAGAAACGCCGAAGGCAAAAUCAUCACCCGUGACGAAGCUCGAUGAACUGUCCGGAAGUAAGAAGCAAACUGUUGCGCCAUUCUCGAACAGCGAGUCCGUGCUGCCCGCCAAGAAAGAAACGCCGAAGGCAAAAUCAUCACCCGUGACGAAGCUCGAUGAACUGUCCGGAAGUAAGAAGCAAACUGUUACGCCAUUGUCGGACAUCGAGUCCGUGCUGCCCGGCAAGAAAGAAACUCCGAAGAAGACCAAAAUAGAAGAGAAGCUGUCUAGAAUAGUGCGCAUGGUGAAGAAAAGACAGCCGGACAUCGCUGAGCAAGACAUCCGAAAGCAGAUUGACGACUCGCGCAAGUCACUAGGUGGAUUGUCUGGCAUGACAUUUAACGACAUUGUGGCGUUGGUGCUUGGACGUCUCGGCGCUGUUCCCGAAAACAUGGAAGACCGUGUGGACUCUGCGUCCAAGAAAAAAACACUUUCCUAG